GCUAUCGCCAGCCUCGCGCCUUCCUCAGCCACUACCUCAUCAUCGCAAACACAAGUCCAUCAAGCAAUACUGCGUAUCGCGACGAAUCCUCUGCGCCACGCACGUUCUGGUACCUUUGCGUCGUCACUCUGCAGCGCCGCUUCCGCAAUCAUGUCGGACUUCAACCAAUUUGGCGCGCCUGAAGAUGAAAAUGCAGAGAUCAAGACACUCGCGCUUGAGGUGGAAGCCGACACCGACAAUUUCGAGUCCUGGGAGAAGCUCAUCCGCGCAUGCGAGGCCCAGGAAGGCGGCCUGAACCGCAACUCGAGCCCGCAGGCGCUCUCUACCUUGCGCGACGCCUACGACCGCUUCUUGCUCAAAUUCCCGCUGCUCUUCGGGUACUGGAAGAAAUAUGCCGACCUUGAGUUCAACAUUUCCGGGCCCGAGUCUGCCGAGAUGAUAUAUGAGCGUGGAUGCGCCAGCAUCACCAACUGCGUCGAUCUCUGGACCUCGUAUUGUUCUUUCAAGAUGGAGACAACACACACCCCACACCUGGUCAGAGAGCUUUUCGAGAGAGCUGCGACUUGCGUGGGCCUCGAUUUUCUAGCCCAUCCCUUCUGGGACAAAUACCUAGAAUACGAGGAAAGACAAGAGGCCCAAGACAGGAUAUUUGCCAUCUUACAAAGAGUAAUCAGCAUUCCCAUGCACCAGUACGCGCGAUACUACGAAAAGUUCCGGCAGCUCGCCCACACACAACCAUUGACGGAGGUCUGCGAACCCGAGACCUUGGCUCGCAUCCAGGCUGAAGUCAACGCCGAAGCGGCAGCCUAUGGUGCUGCAGCGCGCUCAGAAGCUGAAGUCGAACGCGACGUACGGACGAAGAUCGAUGCCAUGUAUUUCGAGAUAUUCCAGCACACACAGGAAGAGACGACAAAGCGAUGGACAUUCGAGUCCGAGCUUAAGCGCCCUUACUUCCAUGUCACAGAGCUUGAGCAUGCUCAGCUGACCAGCUGGCGACGAUACCUGGACUUCGAAGAAAGCGCAGGCGACUAUGCCAGAACAGCCUUCCUCUAUGAGCGGUGCGUUGUCACAUGUGCUCUGUACGACGAGUUCUGGUUUCGUUACGCAAAGUGGAUGGCGGGACAGCCUGGGAAGCAGGAAGAAGUGCGUCACAUCUAUAUGCGUGCCUCGACAAUUUUUGUCCCAAUCAGUCGCCCUGGCAUUCGGCUGCAGUUCGCAUACUUUGAGGAGUCUUCUGGCCGUGUCGAUGUGGCCCGCGCUAUCCAUGAGGCUAUCUUGAUGCAGUUGCCUGACUGUGCCGAAGCCAUCAUUUCGUGGGCCAACCUCGAGAGGAGGCAGAGCGGACUUGAUGCUGCGAUUGAGGUACUCAAAUCGCAGAUCGACUCCCAAAAUGUUGGUCUCUUCACAAAGGCCGUCCUUGUGAGCCACUGGGCCUACCUUCUGUGGAGGACCAAGGGGUCAAGUGAAGAGGCGAGAACCGUGUUCGUCAAAAACAUGCAGUGGUAUGCCGAUAGCCGGCACUUUUGGCAAAAGUGGAUCGAUUUCGAGCUGCAGCAGCCGGCAGUUGCCGGAGAGGAAGACCAGCAAUCUGAGCGUGUCAAGCAUGUCUUCACUGAACUGGUCACGAAAAGUCGAAUCUCACCAGCAUCCAAACAAGAGCUUCAUCUGUCUUACAUGGCGUACCUCCAAGAUCGGGGUGGCAAGGACGCGAUGAAGGAGUUCUUGGCAGUGGAUCGCGAGAUAUAUGGUCCCUCCUCUCUGUCAAUGCUUGACAAGUCUGCCGCCAAGGAGAACGGUGUGAGCAGUGGACCUCUGGACGAGGCAACGAAACUCAAGGCCGAGAAUCGGUACCCAGGUUACUACGAGUACUACGGCGAGCCCUUGGGUAGCGGACAAGGCAAUGCUCCGUUCGCCUAAACCUCACAUUGUCUCAGAUACCGAAAGGGCAAUUCUGAUGACCCCAUUCAUUUGGCUGCGGCAGACAAUUUAACAUGGAGAAUCUUCGUAUCCAACGAGCUGCCUGCCUUGUUCGGCACUGAUAUCCGAAGCUGAGUUUCAUCUCGUCACCUUUCUGUACAUUUAGCCACACUGGAUUGCAACAAGGAGAACGGACGAACUCGCCCGUACAGGGUCGUCGUCUUCGUGGCAUCCAAGUACUCAGAAUCACGACGUCGGCUCUAGGCACUUUGGGGUGGAGAUUGGAAAGCUCAGCACAGACCGACCGAUCAUGCUGCAAUCUGCGUCUGGCAUUGAGGAAUAAUGAAUGGAUGGGUGCCUGACGGCAAUAUAGGCAGCGCACAAAACAUAACAUUGAGCAUGAACUGUAGAAUAAUUCGAAUACCCAAUACCACGGUCAGUGGACCAAAGAUUG